GCAAACCUAUGGCGUGAGACACGGGGAGAAAAGAACGGAGAGGACGUGGGUGGGUUGGAAAGCGUGGGCAAAGGGAAAGGUAAAAAGGAGAGGAGGAAAAGUGUCCCACCUGAAGGGGAACCAGUCGUGCUUCACCUGUACUCAUGGAGUCCUCUCACUCGGGAAUGCAGAUGCCCCCCAAUAGCAGCAGCUGUAUCAUCAAUGAUAGCAUUGUAAGUACGCCAGCUGCCACAGUGACGGGCACGCUCAUCCUCUCUGCCGUGUUUCUGCUGGGAUUUCCCGGAAACCUCUUCGUCAUCUGGAGCAUCCUGGCGCGGGCCCGAAAGCAAUCCGUCACGACCCUUCUCAUCCUCAACCUAGCCAUUGCGGACGGCUCCCUGAUGGCUCUCACCCCGUUCUUCAUCGCCUACCUGGCUAUGAUGGACUGGAAAAUGGGGACUGUGAUGUGCAAGGUUCUGUUCUACCUCUGCUUGGCUAACAUGUACGCCUCCAUCCACCUGAUCAUGCUGAUGAGCAUUUACAGGUUGGUGUCGGUGGUGUGGCCCCAGCGCAUCAGCGUGAUCACCGGCAAGAGGACGAUCAUGCGAGUGCUGGCGGUCAUGUGGUUGCUCGUCAUGGUCGCCUCAAUUCCUGCGCUUAUCUAUCGAGAUGCGAGGCUUAAUAAAGAUAGGAAUAAAACGGUUUGUGAUUCAUUCCACGACAAAGACCCAGAUGCGGUUCUGCAGUACAUGCUGGAGAUUGUGUUGGGCUUCGUGGUACCUUACGGAGUCAUUUUAGUCAGUUACAUUUGCAUCCUGCGCCGGAUUCGGCAGACCAAAUUCCGCCGCCGGAUCCGCAGCGAAAAGCUCAUUCUGGCCAUCGUGGUGACCUUCUGCGUGUUUUGGUUACCCUACCACAUCAUCAACAUGGUGCAAGUUGCAUCGGCUUUGCUUCCAGAAUGUUCACCAAAAAGAGAGUUGUUGGAGAGAAUAUGGAAGAAAUUCCGUGCCGUUACCUCCACCAUCGCCUUCAUCAGCAGCUGUGCCAACCCGGUGCUCUACUUCUUCGCAGGAAAGUCUUACAUCAGACGGGAGGGUCUGGCGUUCAUGGCUCGCUUGUUUGAGGGCACGGGCUUGGACUCCACCAGGAAGAGCCGAAUGAACAGCCAGAACAGCCGGGACAAGGACAAAGACGCGGAAGUCGUGCUGCAAGACAAAGACGUAGACUCGUCCACAAACUCAAACUCUAUCAUCAAAUCAACAAAAAUGGCAAAAUAGAAGUGAACAUCCUCUCCGGUCUGUAAAUCUUUCUUCCGUCCAAUCGUAAAAAAAAAUAAAAAAAGGUUUUACAAAGACUUAAGACUCUACACCACCAAGUAAGACUCAUCGGAUCGCCGAAGAGGUACUCUUGGAUACAUUUGCAGACAAAAGCCUGUUAAAAUGGUGAUGCUACAUGUAUUUAGUUUUUUUAUUCAUAUGUUUAUUGAUAUUUUUGCAUAUGGAACAAAGGUGUUUACAAAUUCCAGGGUGUUAGAAUGCUGGCAUAAACAAACUGUUUACACCAUUGACUUUAAGAUGCAUGUUUUCAAGAACAAAGAACACCUCCAAUAGUAAAACAGUGAAAUAAAACUAACAGUAAAAACACACAACAAAAAAGGAAAGCUGGGUACGUGGGGUUACAUUUCUACAUUGAAGCAACAAACUCAAUAAAUGGUUGCCAUUUAGGGUAGAAUUUGUUCAAGUUUCCAGUUUUUGUAUAUCUAAUUUUCUCAACUUUCAAAAAGGACAUGACCUCAUUUAUCCAGAUUGUGCUGGAUGGAGCUCUAGUUGAUUUCCAGUUACAGAGAAGGUGGCGCCUAGCGAUCACAGAGGUAAAAGCUAUCACUUCCAACUCUCUUACGGAGUACUGACUAUAUUGCUCUGGGAGACCAAAGAUACAAGUAUGAGCUGAAAUAUCAAUAGUUCUCGAAAGUACAACACACAUGGUGUGAAAGUAAAUUUGCCAGAAAUUUGUGAGGCCCAGCAUGUGAAAAACAUAUGUGCAAGAUUCCAGGGUGAGCUUCCACAGUGGUUGCAAAUAUCUACCACAUUUGGGUAGAUCUGUGCCAACCUAGUUUUUGAAUAAUGACAUCUGAAUACUACUUUGAACUGUAUCAAGUUCAGGCUGGCACAUAUAGAAGUUUUGUGAAUGGCUGUCAGGGCAGCCUCCCACCAAUGAUCAUCAAAAACCAGCCCCAGUUCACGCUCCCAAGCUCCCUUAGUGUUCGUAGUUAAAAAUACUUCAUAUGAUUGAAUCGAGUUAUAAAUCUUUCAAAUGACAGACCUUUGCAGGGGGUUGAGUUGUAUAAGUUCACCCCAUGGCUGCUCAGGUGGCCGGUGAGGGAAGUUGGAAAAUAAGGAUUUUGCACAGGCCCUUAUCUGGAAGUAUCUAAACAAAUGGGAGGGUGGGAGAUUGAAUUCAGAAGCCAAAUCACUAAAAGAGCAAAACAACCCUUCCCUAUAUAAAUCCUUGAAACAUUUUAGUCCCUUAUCCUUCCAUAAGGAGAAGGUCAGGUCAGUAAGAGCAGGUGCGAACACUGGGUUUUUUAAAAGUGGGGUCAAGACUAUGGGGUCUGUAAAUUUAAACUGUUUCCUAAACUGAAACCAUAUUCUCAAGGUAUCUACAACUAUAAGGUUAUUGGUUUGGCCAGAAGGAUUCACAGAGGUUGGACUUGUAAGCAAAGCCAAAAGUGAGGCUGAGGGACAUGAAUGUGCUUCUAGUUGACAUCAGGGUAUAUCAACUGGAUUAGACCAGAAAGCAAUUUUAGUUAUGUUAGCUGCCCAGUAAUAAAACUCAAAAUUGGGUAGGCAGAGACCACCAUAAAACUUACAAUUCUGAAGUAUUUUUUGUCUUACUCUGGGUGUUUUGCCAUUCCACAAAAAAUGACAGAUAGUUGAAUCUAGUAAUUUAAAAAAACUUCUUGGUAAAAAUACAGGUAGACAUACAUAUAAAAAAAGAAAUUUUGGCAGGAUGUUCAUUUUAACAGUACUUAUUCUCCAAAUCAAUGAGAGUGGGAGAGACCCCCAUUUUUGAAAGUCUUUUUAAAUGUCCACCAAGAGUGGGAGAAAAUUUUCAGAGUACAGAGACUUAAAAGAUCUGGUUAUGCUGACCCCAAGAUACUGAAAACCUAAAGGGCACAGCUUAAAAGGAACAUCAGAUUGGGAGAGCUGCAGGGCUAAAUGGUUAACAGGAUAACAUUUACUCUUGGCGACAUUAACUUUAUACCCUGAGAACUGGCCGAAUCUGUGAAAGAACUAUGCUACAUGUAUAUAGAAAUAAUUGAAAACAGGCUUUACACCCAUAUGGAAGAUCAGACAAAAUGAGGAUCACAGCCAGGGAUGCUUAGACUUCUCAGAGGUCUAGUUCAAGUCCUCUAACUUUGUACAUUCUGAAUAGUAGCUAAGUUUCCACAUGCUUUUAAAUGCAUUACCUGCUAUUAAUUUGCUUGCUGAUGUCUUUCCCCUGGGACACCGUCUUUUAUUAUCUUUGCACAAUAGCAUUUUUAAGGCAUCAUUGAACUACAUGUGAAUUUUUACAGCACAACAAAUAAUUCCACCUUUGUGUAAAACAAAAACUAUUGUGUGCUUUAUAAUAUCGAAACAUUGAAAGAGAGUACUGGUUUCACUUUAGCGUCCUUCUCGUGUUUGCACUAUAUUGCUGUUCCUAUCAUGAUUGUGCAUUUCCCUCUCCAGGACUAAAAUGUUUAGUUUCACAAUACCUGCCACUAGAUGUCACAGUUUUCCACCUGCUGAACCUUUAUUUCAUUUUAUUUUAUUUUUUUACAUCUAAUUGUUUUCUGGCAAUUUGAGAGAGAGAAAAAAAGAGCAAUCAGUCUUGUAUGGCAAAAACUAAAACACAAGACUAAAUUGUCUCCUCACCUACUAUGUUCAAGAAUGCUGUUAUUUUUUUCUUCACAUACCACAUCCAAAGUAGAGUUUUAUAGAAGUGAAAUGUGGUUUUUACUUUCAAAAACUUGUCAGAAGAUGUGAUUUUGAAUUUAUGUCUGUAUGGAACAGGGGUAUACAAUACAUCUCGUAAAUGGACAAAGCAACAUUUUUACUAUUAUGCAUCCUCAUAAUUUUUUUUUCAAUGACUUCUGUACUAUUCUACAGAAUAUACUACUCACAACUAGAUAUGUUGAAUUUUGUGCAGUUUUUUUCCCCCCGUCAUCAUCAAAACUAAACGGCACACAUUAAACACAAAACACAGAAUGUAUGAGUUGUCUGUAAUAAUGAGCAAUGUAUAUCUCAAAAUCCUCGAAAUUUGAAUGUCAGGAAUCAAUUUUCAACAUCACUGGCAAAUUUUUGAAAUAUAGAGAUAUUUUGGGAGCAGAUAUAUUGACGCCAAAUAGAUAAAAGAUUAAAUAACCAUUCAGACUUUAACUUUUUGUGUUGGUCAUAUGGCUUCUGUUCUCCAAAAAUGCUUCGACAUUAGACAAUGAAAAAUAAGACCACAGAAGUGGUCUGUCAUGGCUAUUGUGACGUUAGCAGCACUUCCUGUGAAUCCAUGUAUUGGCCAUCCGGUGAAACUUUGUGAUUUCUACCAUGGAUGCUCAGUCUAUUUUGUGCUUUGCCGUAACUUCAUAACUCAUGGUGACAGUUCCUCAUUCCUUCUAACAAACUGCUAAAUCUUUUGGACGUCCACCAAUUGCUUCCAUUCAAUAAUCUGUUGUUUUAUAACAUCGUCACUUGCGUAUAGAAUGUCAGUCAACAUAAACUACAUUUCUGAACGAAGAGUCGUUCUCUAUAAAACUAGCAAUCCUUUUAUUUUUCUAGGCAUUGCAAACAAACAUGUGGCAUUAAUGAACAUCUGUGAAUUUAAUUGAUUUCUUUAUCUUUUUUUUCUAGAAAAUGUCUUUCAAAUUCUCACAGCUUUCACUGUUUUUUAGCUAUGCACUACAGCUUUAGCCAAAGUGUGUUUGUUGUACAUAGGAUUGUACUUUGCUUUUGCACAAUUUUGUGAAAAAAUUAAAAUAGAAAAAAAAUGCAAUAAAAAUGUGAAGCAUA